UCAGUCAACAGUAACAUUUUUGAGGUCGGCUGUCACCUAUCUUUCUCUUCAAACUUGAUCAAUCUGAGUCUUUACCUCUUCUACAGCAAAAACAAGCAGAUAACACUGAAACCUGAAACUUAUGAAGGGUAAUUUAGUUGCGUUCUGCCCAGACUAUUUUUAAUCUUGUUUGGCUAACCGCUUUUGCCUGAGAACACCAUUUAAUUCGAUAAGGUACACUGUGCGAAGAACUGAGAAACGGCGACUGCUAUGAUACCUCUAUCGUAUUCAGAUGAUAUGAUGGUCGAAACUUCGCCUUCCAUCAAGGAGAAAUGCGCAAGUAAAGGAUGCAUGUUGAAAUCUCCUCGAAUACGAAUUGUAAUUAUCGUCGUGGUCACGGCCGUGUUAGCCAUAGUCAUUGGAUUUCUCAUUGGUUAUUUCGUACCGAAGCCGCGAAAAGAAGACUCAGACGAAGAAAGAAAAGACAUGCACGAUAAGUUUGAAAGCUUGGUCAGUGCAGAAGAAUUGGAGAGAGAGUUAAGAUUUUUUACGUCAGAGCCGCAUGUCACUGGUUCAAAAAGACACAAGACUCUUAUCGAUCAUAUGGAGACAAAGUGGCGGGAAUAUGGAUUUGACGUGGAAAUACCGGAAUACCAAGUGCUUCUUUCCGUGCCACAGGUUGACCAGCCAAACACUGUUGAAAUUCUCGACAAUGGUGUAGUGAAGCAUACUAUUCUUGGCAAGAUUAAUGUCACUACAAAGGCCGAGCCAAAACGUUCGUUCCCGUACUUCCCUUUUAUCGCUUAUGCUCCGCCAGGUGAUGUCGAGGGAGAACUGGUCUACUGCAAUGCAGGACAAGAAGAUGAUUUACUGAUGUUGGAUAGGAUGAACAUCUCCGUCAAGGAUAGGAUUGUGCUUUUGAAAGGCCACGGUGCUGGUGUAUCCGCUGCUGCCAAGCGGGGGGCUGUGGGGGCGAUUUUGUUCGUAGAUCCUCAAUCUGUGGCUAGAGAGGGAGCUGGUGCCAAACAAACAUAUCCGUACACUUCUUGGAUGUCUAAGCAAGCAGUGUUCUCGAAGGCAAUAUCACAACGAAAUGGAGACAAACUAACUCCUCACAUACCAGCUAUUACAGGAAUGUAUCGUCUGUCCAGAAAUGAAACCGAUUUACCAAGUAUUCCCGUUCAGCCGAUCUCGUACGAAGAUGCAUCGAAUUUGCUGAAUCGUCUUGGAGGAGACGAAGUCCCCUGGGAUUGGCGUGGUACUCUUAAUGUCACCUACAGGUUUGGUCCUGGAUUUACCAAACCCGGCACUAAGGUGCGACUGCGAGUACACAACAAACUGGAGGUGAGAUCAAUCUACAAUGUCAUCGGAACUAUGUCUGGUCAAGAAGAACCUGAUCGAUACGUUCUUGUGGGAAACCAUCGUGACGCAAUUUUCUUCGGAGCCGCAGAUGCAUCCAGUGGUUCUGCCACUCUGAUGGAAGUCGCUCGAUUACUCGGAGAACUAAAAAACGACGGCUGGAGGCCGCGAAGGACGAUCAAACUAUGCAGCUGGGGAGCCGAGGAGUUCGGUUUAAUAGGCUCGGUCGAGUGGGUUGAGGAACACAGCAAACUUCUAAUGGAUCGAGCUGUUGUUUAUUGGAAUACGGAUGUUGCUGUGGGCGGCAAUUACGUCUUGAUUGCACAGGCAUGCCCAAUACUUGCCGAAGCGAUAUUUCAAAGAAUGAAAACGAUCAACGGUCCUGAUAAGAAGACUCUUUACAAUAGUCUGCUGGAGAAAUUCUCCAAAUCGGUAGACAACCCGGAGGAGCCUUGGACGAUCCCUUACCUCUUUUUCAGCGAUUAUUUGCCUUUUUAUAUGAGUAUUGGCGUACCGGCCGCUGACUUCAGUUACUUUUAUGGCGAUGAAAAGAAUGGUAUGCUUCUUUAUCCAGUUUAUCAUACGCAAGAGGACAGCUAUUAUUGGAUCAAAAAGUUCGUGGAUCCCGAAUUUGCUUAUCUUUCCACCAUGACUAAGCUCAUAGGCGGACUCGCUUUGGAUUUUAGCGACACUGCUGUUUUGAAUUUCAAUGUCUUACGUUAUGCCAAAGCAGUCAAAAAGUCUUUCAAAGAGAUCGAUGUAAUGAUGGGUAGCCUGAAUGUGUCAACGACCUUUGUGCAUCAUGCUUUAGAGAAAUUCAUGAAGGCGAGUACUCUUUUUCAUUCGGAAAAAAACAAGCUUGCAGGAGACGAAGGCCAACUGGUUCUCAGGAGAAUCAACGACCAAAUGGUUCGCGUGGAGAGAGCGUUUAUCAGCCCCUACUUGAGGUUAGAUGACCCGAUGAUGCAGCACGUUUAUUCACGGAACUUUCAAGGAAAAUCCUUUCCAGGGGUUAUCGAGGCAAUGGAAAGAGGAAACGCCGCUGAAGUGAAGAAACAGUUGUCGCUGGUUGCAGAGGCUGUUCUGUCUGCUGCUGAUAUCAUCAGGCCUGUUGUCUCCAGUAAGCAAGGAGGAAAAUAAUGAAGUCUCAUGAAAACUGUAGGACAUAGUUCGUUCAAGGCUCAUCAUCCCGACUUCCCGCAUUUAGUAGUUAAAAGCUAUGACCCUAAGAGCCGCUUUCGACUGCUUUUCAUUUCCGCGUGUUACCGUGCAACUCAGCUAGAUGAGAAGUUUGAGAUUCCGAAGUGAAAUUUAACCGUUCCAAUUUUUUUAACGGUUGUAAGAAGAAUUCUACUUGAGAAGCCGCCAUUUUGAAAAUGUUCAGUAACCUGGCCAUUUACGCAACGCGCGGUUGCUUCUGGUCUUUUUAUAGCGAAAAUCACCAGAAAUUCUUUUUGUGCAGCAAUCCCCCCUUUCCAUCUCCCCCCCCCCAAAAAAAAAAAAGGGUUAAAGAAGAGCCAGGACGAGUGAAACUUUAAAUUGCGUUAUUGCGUGGACAGUAAGUUGCCAGUAACCCAACCUUUGCAAAAUUGUCUUCAUUUUUGUUAGAAAUUAGAAAACGACUGUCUCCACUUUCAAUUUUGCUCAACAACUUGGCCGAUAACCUGGAAUGCAAUAUAAACCUCGGCACAUAACGUGGCUGCACAAACGAUUUAAAAUCAAUCUGAGUUUGCUAAUUUAAAACAGAGGGGCCGAUGACCAAUGUCUAAAGCGGUAGAUGUUUGUGAACGAAGUGUUGCGUCCCCGCAACUAAGUCGGUUUUUCAAUAUGGCUGUGCUCGCAGCAGAAUUUGAGCUUAGAAGGAAACAUCUUUCUAAACGUCGGGUCACCCUCUGGAUUUUCUUUCAGAAGGAGAAACACUAUGGUAUGUUUUUAUGUCUUGGGUUCUGAAUGGAGGCGAUGAAAAUCAUAUGAUUUCUUGUGCAUAAUUCUUUAAAAUAUCACCUUUUUUUUCGUGCGUAUUAAGGAGUUGACAGUCAGUCAUUUAGAUAAACCGGUGGAGAGAUAGAAUUAGCGAGGAUUGAAAGUGAUCUUAACUUGGUAUUAGCAAAUAGUUAAAAGAUACGCAAGGAAGGAAGUUAAGCGAGGUCGAUUUUAAGAGGAUUGGUUAAACCAUAACCAAAGUAAUCUCAGAGGGUCCACUAUUUGAAAUAAAGGAUAACAGUACAAGGAGCAUAUGAGAUUUCAGAACAAUGCACUUAACUGUUGUAAAUUUCAGGAUAUUACGACAUAGUCCAGCUUGUGAUUGGAUGAGUAGAUGGCACGAGCUUUCUGGACCAUUCAGAGGGUAAAGUUAUGCAAAAACAAAGCAACCACGGAUUAGUUUAGACACUUAGUUGCAAAUUGGGUUGUUUCCUCUUUGAAUGACAGAGAGAGAUUUUCCAGGCAGUAAUGUAAAUAUUCAAGGCAUAUUUCCUGUAGUAGUUUCAAUAAGAUUUGAACAAAAUAUAGAGAUUAAAUAUCUAAGGCAUGUUUCCUGUAGUAGUUUAUAAAAGAUUUGAACAAAAGUUA